ACAUUCCCUGCGGAAUAAUCCCAACCAGCAGUAGAUACCAUUUGCAGCAGAAGCAGACCCCUGCACGAAGUUCCUGCACGCAAUUGGAGUAAAGCGAGGCUGCGGGACUUGCACGGCUCGGAUGUGUUCGCCUUGGUGGAUGUAAUGCGCACAUUCUCCGCGGGACGCUGACCGGCCGAUGGGGGAAACAUGGACACCUCUUCAGAACUCGAAGAUGGGACUCGCCACAAGAACCAGACGUUCUGCGAGCGCGUGCCCGGCUCCUCGCAGCUCAAACAUCGCUGGUCCGACUCGGAAAGCGCCCGGGAGACGCCGGCCAAGAGGAUGAGCUGCAGCUACCUGCUGUGCACCAUCCUGCUCUUCGUGGCCGUCCUGCUGGCCGUCACGGUGACGGGCACCAUCCUCUUCAUGAACCACAACCAGGCGCCGCCCAUGUCGGACGGCGUGCCGCACAUCUCCACCAACCAGGACGAGGCCAACGCCCUGGUGACGGUGGAGCGCGGCGACGGCUCUCGCGUCAACAUCUUCAUCGACCCCAACUGCCCCGACUACAGCGGCAACUUUUUGCGGCUGGAAGGCGUGCAGACCUCGCUGCUGCACUCGCUCACCGACCACGACUCGGACCUGAAGUCGGUGAAGGGCCAGGACCGAGCGCUGCUCGUCAGCCUGGCCGAGGAGGUGGCCAAGCUGUCCGCCCACGCCGGACAGCUGAAGAUGGACUACGAGUCCCUGCGCCGGGGGCAGGGAAGCCUGGGCCAAGACCUCAACACGCUGCAGUCAGAGCAAGCACGCCUCAUACAGCUGCUGUCAGACAUGGUGAAGGUGGUCAACUCAGUGAGCGACGCGCUCAACGCCAUGCAGAAGGAAAACGUGGGCCUGAAGGCGCGCACCAAGGCUGACCUGCAGAGGGCGCCGGCGAGGGGCUCCCGCUUCAAAGGCUGUGCCAACGGUUCGCGUCCUCGGGAUUGCGGCGACCUGUACGCCAGCGGGCAGCGAGACGACGGCAUCUACUCUGUCUUCCCCGUCCACCAUCCCACCGGCUUCCAGGUCUACUGCGACAUGACCACGGACGGCGGCGGCUGGACGGUGAUCCAGCGCAGGGAGGACGGCUCAGUGAGCUUCUUCCGGGCCUGGGAGUCCUACCGCGAGGGAUUCGGGAAAAUCACCGGUGAACACUGGCUCGGGCUCCAGCAGAUCCACGCUUUGUCCAUCCAGGGCAACUACGAGCUGCGCAUCGACCUGGAGGACUUUGAGAACGGCACGGCGUACGCCCAGUACGGCACCUUCGGCGUGGGCCUCUUCUCGGUGGACCCGGACGACGACGGCUACCCGCUGACGGUGGGAGACUACUCGGGCAACGCAGGCGACUCCCUCCUGAAGCACAACGGCAUGAAGUUCACCACCAAGGACCGCGACAACGACCACUCGGAGAACAACUGCGCCUCCUUCUACCACGGCGCCUGGUGGUACCGCAACUGCCACACGUCCAACCUCAACGGCCAGUACCUGCGCGGCCAGCACACCUCCUACGCCGACGGCAUCGAGUGGUCGGCGUGGACCGGCUGGCAGUACUCGCUCAAGUUCUCCGAGAUGAAGAUACGACCGACCCGCGAGCAGGAGAGCAAAUGAGGGCCCCAGGGUCU